AUUAGAGUUGGAUACAAACUGUAACUUCCUUUUGAUGAAUCGUCUAAUUCUCGCGGGUAUGGCUGUAAAAACUAAUCAGCUAGAGAACAACUUAAAGGUUUCACGAGUUCGUUCUGUUUCGAUUCUGGGGGAAUUCUGUCUGUCUGACCCAUCUGGCAACGCUGUGUAUAUGUUUUGUGACGUGCUCCCGCCAGCCCGCCACUCGUGUUUGGCAGUGCCGUUUGAAUUUUUGUGUUUACUUUUUUUAAGAGGUUGCUUUUUGUAACAAUUUUAUUUCCUGUUGAAGUUUUCGUGUUAUUUACGAGCAACACAAAUUUUAUUUUAGAUCUGCCGAAAUCCAUAAAUUUACGUAUAGAAACACAAUCUAACUUAACAUACAUUACUUCUAGUUAGAACGUGUUCUCUUAGCUUUAAUUUUAACACUGGUACAUAAUGGCCAAAGCCAAAGCAGCCCCCAAACGUAAAGCAGCAACCGGCUACAAACUAGCGGAGCACAUACCAGCUGGAGAAAUACUACAAGACAUUAGUAAAACAAAGUGGAAACUGGGGCCUUCCAUAGGGCAUGGAGGCUUUGGCGAAAUAUAUUCUGCCCAAGACUAUUCAAAAGGUGGCAGCAAGUAUCCCUUUGUCAUAAAAAUUGAACCCCAUGAAAAUGGACCCUUGUUUGUGGAAAUGCAUUUUUAUAUGAGGAAUGCCAGAUCUUCAGAUAUUGACCAGUUUAAAAAAGACCACAACUUGAAAACAUUUGGUAUGCCUAUUUACUAUGGUUCGGGAUCCCAUGAAUAUAAAGGAGUUAAAUACAGAUUUCUAGUGAUGGAAAAAUUUGGAGCAGAUAUAUGGAAGAAAUUUCUCGAGAACAACAGAAUAUUUCCGAAGUCUACAGUAUUCAAAAUUGCGAUUCAAAUAUUGGAUGUUCUAGAGUACAUUCAUAUUAAAGGAUAUGUCCAUGCUGACAUAAAGGGUGCAAAUAUUCUACUAGCUGAAACAAAAGAGACUCAGAACAAACAAGUCUACUUGGUAGAUUUUGGUUUAGCCACAAAAUAUACAACAGAGCCUGUUUUCAAGCCUAAUCCAAAGAAAGCACAUGAUGGAACUAUAGAAUACCUUAGUAGAGAUGCACAUCAAGGAGUAGUGCCAACCAGGAGAGGUGAUCUGGAAAUUUUGGCUUAUAAUCUAAUACAUUGGCUGGGUGGUAGUCUACCAUGGGACAAAAAGUUGUCUGACCCUAAAAUUGUACAAAAAAGCAAAGAAGAAUUUAUAGAUGCUAUUUCCAAAUCUGCGAAGAGUUGUUUUGGAAACAAAGCACCACCUGGUCCCCUAAUUGAUUAUCUGAACUACCUCAAAACACUGGAUUUCAACUCUACGCCCGACUACAAGAAAAUACGGAAAAUAUUCUUAUCUGGUAUAGACUCUAAUGACAAGUUAGAUGCACCAUUGAAAUUUUCUGAAACUAUGAAACCAGGUGCAAAAAGAAAAUCUAGAGAAGUGUCACCUCUAAAGUCAAAAUCACCAAUAGUGCGAAUGGCCGAGAGAACUGGCAUGAGAUCAUCUAAAAAUGUAGAUUAUACUAAUGGUGAUCAAGCCACAGAUAGUGAAAAUUCGGACAUAAUAAGUGGAAGCGAAGAUGAGCUGCCGACUGUUAAACCAUCAAAGAGGGGUAGGACUAAAAAUGAUGUCAGUGUCACUGAAAAUGGUGCUAUUGAAAAUGCAGAUACUGCAACUCCAAUAAAAUCGAGUAAGGGUAGAAAAAGGACUCAAAAGGUUGUGCAGGAAAAUGGUGAUGCAGAAAAAACUGUGAAAGGAGAAAACGUUAAAAGCGUAAUAGAAAUGGUAAAGCCACGAACAAGGAAGACGAAAAGGUGGAAGAAGAUGAUGGUAUGCAAGGGUGGACCCAAGCAAUGAGGGAUAUCGCGCUAAAGAAGAAAGAACGCCAGGACAAGAAGCCUGUCAGUACAAGAUGUCGUGUUAAAUAAUUAUAACACCCU